AUGGAUCCCCACGCUCCUCUGCAUCCCUACUACCCCUUGGAUGCCCCGAUCCAUGGAUAUUUACCCAAUGAGGCCCCUCUCCUCUCCAUCCUGAUGACCGCCAGUGUGGGCGCUACAGCCGUCCUGGGAGGGACCUUCGCUCUGGUCAGAGUGGUGAUACGGCCAAGUCUGCGGACGGUGGACCAAUUGGCCAUCCUCUGGUUUGUCCUCUCGGGCACGCUGCACUGCUUCUUCGAGGGCUACUUCAUGGUCAACCAUGAUCGCAUGGCCUCGGCGCAAGAUGUCUUCGGGCAAUUGUGGAAGGAGUACGCCCUGUCCGAUUCGCGGUACAUGACCUCGGACACCCUGGUCCUGUGCAUGGAGACCAUCACCGUUCUUGUUUGGGGCCCGUUGUGUUUGGUGGUGGCCGCCUUGGUGCUCUCCCAGCAUCCUCUGCGCCAUCCGUUCCAGAUCAUCGUGUGCAUGAGCCACCUCUAUGGCGACGCCUUGUACUAUGCGACGAGCCUGUUCGACCACUACGCCCAUGACCGAUCGUACUGCCGCCCCGAGCCUUACUAUUUCUGGGUCUACUACUUUCUCAUGAAUUUCAUCUGGAUUGUGGUUCCGUUCUACUAUCUUUGCCAGAGCGUGCGGGCAAUCUCGGAUGCGUUCAAGGCCCUGGGAGAGGCUUCGAUGCAGCGCAAGGGUCGCUGA